UUGUCAUCCAUCUCUCGCUCUGCCACCGCAAAGCCCAUCAUUUUUCCAAAAUAAAUCAAUUCAGCUGUCUUAUUGAGGUCUUGAUUUUGGUUUACAGUCGUCACAGAAAAAAAAUUUGUCGCUCGCCUUCAGAUCAAAUGAUCGCGUCUCCUAGAUGACCUUCCCUCCCCCUCCUCCUUCCUCCCAAUCGUCGAUUGCUUCUGGCACCGAUAAAUCUUCUUCGACCAGACCUGGAAGGUCACAGCAAUCAGCUUGGGGUUCGUCCGCGUCCCAGUCGAGCGUCCGCCGUGGGUUGACUCCGCUUGCGACCAACAACCUCGCGUCAUCGUCCAUCCUUUCUUCGCGAGGGCCACCCCAGUCCAGUAGUCCUGGUCCCGGUGGCUCGACGGCAUCUCCUUUGACCUCGUCCUUCUCUGCCGUUCUGAGUUCCGCACGGAGUCACCCCGCCGGCCGGAACGCACCCUCGCCAGCCUCCACACCGUCGCCUUUCACCUCCUUCCAAUCUGGCUCGCAACAGCAUCAGCAGCAAUCCAGCCAAUCUCUCUCUUCCCCCAAGUUUCGCGCCCAUACCCCAUCGGCAGGGUCACAUCUGGCUUCCGCAGCGAGUUCAGCGGGCGGUGGAGGCACCGGGGGAGGCGGAGGUGGGACGGGAUCUUCCAGAGGCGCUACCUUUUCUCCGUUACUAUCAACCGUGAAUUCGCCCACGGGCUUUCCUUCCGACAAGCCGGGCUCUGCAGCCUCUGGCGCCGCAGCUCACGCAAGCCAGUCAUCUUUGACAAAGAUAUCGAUCGCUCAGGUGUUCCUUCUUCUGGACUCAAUCACCGAGAAAGAGGGGCGAGAAAAGUGGGAGACAAAAGCCGCUCAGAUUCACAAGCUGGUCGAGUCCAACGGCAUGGAAGUGUUUUCCAAGUAUUUCCGACGCCUCUUAACGGGCAAUGCCCCGCAGAUUUUCCCAGGAGUCAACAAGUCGGUCGAAAAUGCCGGGAACUACCCUCUCCUAGUCCAGGAGAUACAAAAGGUGCCUCAGGAUAUAGAACAGUCCCAGAAGAUUGCGGAGACUGUCGAUACCUCGGAGGGCGACAUUUUCCGCGACUUCGAUCUGUCGACGUUCUUGGACCACUUCAAGUUGGAUCCCUUGGUGAAAGUCGCUCUUGCACUAGCCUUUAAGACCGCUAACAAAUCGGAUUUGCGUGCAAAAGCCGAUGCGAUCUUGUCGAACUCAACCACUCCAUUCCUACAAAGCCUGGCACACCCGUCGGAUGUAGCCAAGGAUUUCAAGGAUUCCUUCAUCGCAUUCACGAUCGAACGCUUCAUCCUUUACCCCCCUCGCAACUUCAGCGACGACGUGAAAGCUAAGCUGGUGUAUGCGGCUAAUGUACGCUACCAAAAACUGGGAGUAGACGUACCAUUCGAAAUUGCGGCGGCAUUGCAGAUGUUUAAUUUUCUCAGUCCGAGAUACACGCUCGUCCGUCAGCUCCACUCCAGAGGGCCAAAAGCAACGUCGAGUGUCGACGCCGUGAACGAUACUAUCAAUGCGUCCGGCUCUGAAUGCUGGGGGGAGGAACAUAUAGCCAGUGCAUUAUUGUUCCUGAUACUCUCUCAGUACUCGCAAGAUUUCUCCCUGGAGACCUUCCUGGAGGCUGUCCAGUCGCACUAUGGCGACAGCCGCAUUAGCUGGCCGCUUGUUUUCAGAAACUUUGAUCGCGAGGGUCUGAGGCUGGAUGCCAAGCAGUUCCUUAAAUUGUACACUGCCUUGGCCACUGUUGCGGCAGCAGACUCCAGUCUAGAUAUCCAGAAGCUUUGGGGUGGUGACUGGGAGCAUCGUGACACCCAGCUGUCUUUCUUGACCGCUUUCAUCGUCUCGCGGACAGAUGUGUCGCAGAUCCCUAAUCUUCGAGCUACAUUCCCGCCGGAUUUCUUCGCAGACGGUCCAGAACUCGUGCGUCUGCAGGGGGAGCGCGCGUUGAAAUCCCCUCUUCGGUCUCUGGAUGCCAUGAGAGCUAUAUUCGACUUGGCGCUGUUCUCACAGGCUGCAUGGGCUGCGACCGAGAGUCAGCUGCUCAUCAAGGCAGUCGUUCAAUUUGAUCUUCCGGUCUUCUUGUGCUCGGCGCUGGCCCUUCCUCAACCAUGGACUAGUGUGCAGCAGAGUUUUGUGCUUCGGACGCUCAUCGUCUUCAUCUUGAAGCAAGAGGAGGGUUAUCAGCUCGCUCUUCAUGGGGCGUGGCACCAAGACCGGCAGUGGGUUGCGGAGCAACUUUUCACCAUGUUCACCCAGGAUCCGACUUCGACGGCCGCUAUAUACGAGCAUGCGGUGGAAUACAACUGGCUUGAUUACCUUCUCGGCUAUACGAACGGCCUCGCAAUGGACUUAGCUUGCUUCGCACAUCGUAAAGGGACGUUUGACUUGGAGCAAUGGGUCCGCAACGCCGCCCAGAAGGGACCCAUGGACAUGGGAAGUUUAUUGUCCAGGUUUUUGAGGAUCAAAGCGGAAGACGAGCUUCAUGUUCAGAGAAAAGAACAGUCUGCCCCACAGAUGGUUAGCCUCUCGGUGAAGACAGUAUAUACUUUGCUGUCGGUACUGGAGGAAUACGUCGGCGACCGUGAAAACCUUACUCCGGUGCAGCGCAUCUGCAUUCAAACUUACCCUCGAUUGAUCAACUAUGGGGAAGGCUUCGACGACAUUAUCGAUGCCAACGGCGAAAAUGGGAACACCCUGCCUGAAGCCGUCGACAGGCGGAUGCAGGAGCUUUUUGGCCAGAUGUACCACAACGAGUUGUCUUUGCGAGAAAUUCUCCAACUGAUGAGGCAGUAUAAAACCUCACGCGAGCCUUUUGAACAAGAUCUGUUUGCGUGCAUGGUCCACGGCCUUAUCGACGAAUACCAUUGCUACAACGAAUAUCCCUUGGAAGCUUUGACCAGAACAGCCGUCAUGUUCGGUGGAAUCAUCAACUUCCGCCUUGUCGAUGGCAUUACGCUGAAGGUUGGUUUGGGCAUGAUUCUAGAGGCGGUUCGAGAACACGAAGUGCACAACCCGAUGUACAACUUUGGCGUGGAAGCCAUUGAACAGUUGAUCGAUCGUCUGCCCGAGUGGGCAGGGUUUUGUCAUCUUCUCCUCCAAAUACCGAGCCUCCAAGGUACACCCAUCUUUCAACGAGCCGAAGAAGUGCUUCGCGAUCAAGGAACUCAAGUGGGAGAUUCCGAGAUGGGCCGCGUUGAUAAUGUGACCGUGCCCAAUGGAAACGUUGACGAAGCUACCACGUCUGACGGCUCCAGCCGCAAGUUUAUCUCUAUCCAUGUCGAUCCUCCUCUUCGCCCCGAUAUCUACCACGAGCCGGACGAGGACGUGCAGGACAAGAUUUUGUUUGUGUUAAACAAUGUGUCGGAACAAAACAUAGAGGAGAAGCUACGUGACCUGACAGAUGUUCUGCGGGACCAGCAUCAUCAGUGGUUCGCGUCGUACCUGGUUGAAGAGAGGGCCAAGCUCCAGCCGAAUUUCCAGCAGCUGUAUCUUGAACUUCUGGACCGCAUCAACGAUAGGAUUCUGUGGGCUGAAGUCCUCAGAGAGACCUAUGUCAGCGUCGCCAAGUUGAUGAACUCGGAGGCGACACUAAAUUCCUCGACCGAUCGGGGUCAUUUGAAAAACCUUGGAUUGUGGCUUGGAUCCUUAACAAUAGCAAAGGACAAGCCGAUUAAACACAAAGAUGUCUACUUUAAGGGACUUCUCUUGGAGGGAUUCGACAGCCAACGCUUGACGAUCGUGAUCCCAUUUACAUGCAAAGUGUUGGUCCAGGCUACCAAGUCUACUGUCUUCACCCCUCCGAAUCCUUGGUUGAUGGACAUAAUUUCCCUGUUAAUGGAGCUUUAUCACUUUGCGGAACUGAAGCUCAACCUGAAAUUUGAGAUCGAAGUCUUGUGCAAAGACUUGGAUCUUGAUCACAAGACCAUCGAACCUUCUGUCAUCAUCAGAGACCGCUCGGCACACAUCGAGGAUGCAUUGUCAACUGCCAAUAUUCCUGAGGGCUUAGAGGCGUUUGAGGACAUGGCCCUGACUAAUAUCAAUCAAGGCAUUCGUCACGAAAGAUUGUCACCGGCUGCUAUCAUGUCGACUCUUCCCAGCUUGGACAAGAUCCUUGUCUUGCCAUCAUCUGCGAGCACGAUGGGUGAUGCGAAUGUCCUCCGCCAGAUCGUCCACAGUGCCGUGGAGCGUGCCAUCGCGGAGAUUAUUACCCCGGUUGUGGAACGUUCCGUCACGAUUGCCUCAAUCUCGACCGUUCAGUUGGUGUCCAAGGACUUCGCCAUGGAACCCGACGAGGAGAAGGUUCGGCAUGCGGCUGGCAUCAUGGUGCGACAGCUUGCAGGCAGUCUUGCUCUUGUCACUUGCAAGGAGCCCCUGAAAGUCAGCAUGACAAACUACAUUCGAAUGAUCCAGCAGGAAUUUUCGGAACAGCCUAUGCCUGAAGGUCUGAUUCUCAUGUGCGUCAAUGACAACCUUGAUGCCGCUUGCGGCAUCGUUGAGAAGGCAGCGGAAGAGAAAUCCCUUCCCGAGAUUGAAAAGGUCAUUGAGCCCCAGCUAGAAUCUCGUCGCCGCCAUCGUGUGGCCCGGCCUAAUGAACCGUUCAUCGACCCAUCCAUGAGCCGGUGGGGACUGUUCAUUCCAGAGCCCUAUCGCCAAGCCCCUGGCGGUCUCAACAAGGAGCAGCUGGCCAUCUACGAAGAGUUUGCCCGCCAGUCUCGGGGUCCUGGGGCAGCACACAUUCAAAAUGUCUCCACCGACAAUGGCCGACAACUUCCAGACGUUCUUCAAGAAUCGUUCCCUGCCAUUCCGAAUCUCUCUACUCCCGCAGAGCAGCCAGCUGUGCCGCAUAGGACGCCACAACCGCAGCAAGAGGCUCCUCUCCAGCAGUCGGGGCUUGUCAGUGCGCAGUCUCAACUCAAUGGUCUCUUUGAGGCCCAAACACCACGGGAGAAGGCAGAAAGCAUUGUCUCUGAACUCCUGCAAACGGCACGGGGCGCUUCCGAGGAGCGGGUCAAGGAUCUCGCCAUUGAUAGCCCAGUACUAUUGGAGUACAACCGGGCACUACGCAACAUCCUCAGCGCACCAAAUGGUGAAGAAUUGGCUAGACUGACUUGCUACAGCGUGUGUCAAGCCCUGUAUUCACAAAGUCUCGGCGCAUUGGAGAUCCAAGUCCUUGUACAUCUGAUCGCCAAGCUGUGCGACUUGUCUACUAUCAUCGCCCGGUACACUUGGGCCAUGCUCUCUGAAGUCGACGAUGAGCAUAUGUUCAACGUUCCAGUUACUGUUUCCCUAAUAGACUCUGGCCUUCUGGAUAUCCGCCGUGUGGAUAUGGUACUCACAAGGUUAAUCCUCCAGAAGAACGCCGGUGCUUUGGAAGUGCUUGCUAGUUUGAUGGACCGUGUCUUGUUCAACGACGAGCCAUCCGCUUUAAGGUCGGACUUUUCUGGGAGCCUCGAAGCCAUGAGCCAAUGGCUUUCCGAAGAACCAGCCCUCUCGCCUGCCAAUGACAUAAUCCGCAAGCUACGAGAAUCCGGAGUUCCUGAAGUGGUCAACGCUCUCCUCAGUGACAAGGCCAAGUCCAAGCGGGACCAGAUGGAAUACAUUUUCAGCGAGUGGAUUGGAAUCUACAAAGCUCCUAGUGCUUCUGAGCGCACUUAUUAUUCUUUCCUCAAAGAUUUGCACCAGAGGCAUGUUAUGGACAACCAGGAAGAUUCCGCUCUGUUCUUCCGUCUCAGCAUCGACAUUUCAGUCUUGUGGUUCGAGCAGAGCCCGAGUGGCAGUCUUGAUGAAGCGUUCCUUCACGUUGAUGCCCUCGCCAAGCUGGUCAUCCUGCUGGUCAAAUUCCAGACUGAGAGCACGGAAUCAGCCAAGACCAACAAGUCUGAAUAUUUCAAUUCUAUUCUCUCACUGCUGGUUCUUGUUCUGAACCACCAUCAUACUAUGAGGGGGGAGGCUUUCAACCAGCGUGUCUUCUUCAGGCUAUUCUCCAGCAUCCUCUGCGAAUACUCGCUCAACGGCCUUCAAAACAGCGAGCAGCACCAGGCGAUGAUGUUCGCCCUGGCCAGCAAGUUCUUGUCUCUCCAGCCCAAGUAUUGUCCUGCCUUCGUGUAUGGGUGGCUUUCUUUGGUCUCUCACCGAUUUUUCAUGUCGGGGAUGCUGAAUAUGCCCGACCGGGCGGGCUGGAGUCCGUACUGUGAGCUGAUGCAAGCUCUUCUUGCAUAUAUUGGGGAACAACUCAAGCCGGCAACCAUUUCUUACGUCGUUAAGGAUCUCUACAAGGGUGUGCUGCGCAUCUUGUUGAUUUUACAUCACGAUUUCCCGGAAUUCGUGGCGGAAAAUCACUUUCAGUUCUGCAACAUGAUCCCUGCUCACUGUGCUCAACUGCGGAACCUCGUCCUUAGUGCUUACCCGUCAUCGUUCCACAAGCUUCCUGACCCGUUCAGGGAGGGCCUGAAAGUCGAACGUCUAGAGGAAAUGCGGGAAGCUCCACGAAUUGCGGGCGAUACCGCUGUUCCGUUGCAACGCGCCAACAUCAAGAAUGCUGUCGAUGCUUCUUUGCAAAGCAACGGCGCAUCCGAGGCAAACCUCCAGCUCAUUUGCGAUGCUGUGUACAAUCCCGUAGAAAAGGAGACUGGUCUUUUCUACACACCCAUCAAUGUCAAUGUUGUGCUGCUUAAUGCCCUUGUCCUCUACAUUGGCCAAGGCGCUGUCUCCAGCACAUCCAAGGGCAACACUCGCGCAGCAUUCGACAACUCUCCCCACUCGGCCCUGCUAGAGCGAUUAGCCAAGGCAUUCCGACCUGAGGCGCGUUACUAUUUGCUGAGUGCGAUGGCAAAUCAGCUGCGCUACCCCAACAGCCACACCUACUUCUUCAGCUUUGCCAUUCUGCGCUUGUUCGGUGCCGAUUACUCUGAGCACGACGAGUCUGACAUCAGGCAGCAAAUCAUUCGCGUGCUGCUGGAGCGACUCAUUGUCCAUCGCCCUCACCCAUGGGGGUUGAUUAUUACCCUGCAGGAACUCCUCCAGAACCGGAGCUACACCUUCUUCCAUCUUCCUUUUAUCCAGGCUGCGCCUGAGAUCGGCCGUCUAUUCGAUGCUCUCCUGCAACAUAUUCAGCAGCAGAGUCCUAGGGCAUUGUCUUAGGGCAUCAAGGCCCAUUCUUUCCGUAUUCUCUCCUCUCGAUAUGAAUUCUUCAAUCAUGCCAUGACGUAUUGCAUUUGGCAAAGGUGGAUUCUCUCACGGUGUUUUUGUGGAAACCGUUUAUGACAUGUAGCACCAAAAAUAUGGGG